CUCUCUCUCUCUCUCUCUCUCUCUCUCUCUCUCUCUCGGUAUAGAGAGAGCCUCCAUUGAUGCUCACCAUUAAUCUCACUUAUCUUUCUGCAAGCUAUAAUUGCUGAAAUCCUCCUACAUCAACCAGCGGAGGGUAUCAUCACCAACAAGCCAAAAAAAAUAAAAAGCUUCUUAUUAUUUGGGGCUCAAUAUUUAUAUACAUAAUAUAUAAAUAUCUUUUCUGUCUAUUCUUUCUUUUAUUAACAUAGGCCUCUCUGGUCCACUUUAAUUCCCUUUUAUAUCUUGCUUUUUAAGUACUCUCGUCCUCUUCUUAUUUCUUGUUUCUUCUUCUUCUCUUCAAUCUCUCUCUCUCUCUCUGCAACUCCUUCUCAAUACCUAGAGAGAGCAUGCCUGAAUGUCCAGAGAAAGGGAGAGACUUGAAGAGAUAGGGAAGAAGAUCAAGAGAGAAGGAGAUGCCUCAUCUCAAACGGGAAGAAGACACAUGUUGGGUCCUCCUGGAACCCUAAAUACAAUUACUCCUUGUGCUGCUUGUAAGCUUCUGAGAAGAAGAUGUGCACAAGAAUGUCCCUUUUCUCCAUAUUUCUCCCCACAUGAACCCCAGAAGUUUGCAUCUGUUCACAAAGUUUUUGGUGCUAGUAAUGUCUCCAAGAUGUUAAUGGAGGUUCCGGAGAGCCAAAGAGCUGAUGCAGCUAAUAGUCUUGUAUAUGAAGCUAAUGUCAGGCUAAGAGAUCCUGUUUAUGGGUGCAUGGGUGCAAUUUCAGCUUUGCAACAACAAGUUCAAUCAUUACAAGCUGAACUUAAUGCAGUAAGGGCUGAAAUUCUCAAAUACAAAUAUAGAGAAGCAAACAUUAUACCUUCUUCUCAUGUAGCUUUGCUUUCUUCUGGGGCUUUUUCUGCUGCUGCACAAUCUCCAUCUCUACCUCCUCCGCCGCGGCAGCUGCCUCCCCCUCCUCCCCCUCCUCCUCCUCUUCCUCCUAUUUCCUCUUCUUCUUCCAUUUACACUCAUCACCAGCCAGCCAGUGCCACCGACUAUAGCACCAUUUCAAAUGAAAAUGUUUCCUUCUUUGGUUAAUUAAAAAGUUACUGCCACUAGUCUAAAAGGAAAACCAUUUAUUUUCUCUGUUAUGAAUCAUCAGGUUGCGCAAAUAAAAAUGAGGAAGAGAUAUUUGAUUUGUUGGGGACUUGUUUAAUUAUUUUUGGAUUAAUUACUGCUAAUUAAAUCCAUGAUUGAGGCCUAUAUAACAUGUCUUUAGAUAUUGUUGGUUGA